AUGGCGGAUGCGAAUAUCGAGAUAGAAGAGACGACCCAUACGGACACGACAGGCGACGCGGAUUCAACUCUCGGCCAGGAUGAUCUCUCGGCAACAACGAGCCUCCGCAGCUCCAUAUUAGACUAUCGAGUUGAGAAUGGUAGAACUUAUCAUCGUUAUAAGGAAGGCAAAUACUUUGCGCCAAAUGACGAAGUGGAGAACGAUAGACUAGACCUCCAACAUCACCUGUUCCUUCUCACUUUCGAUAACAAACUUGGCUUUGCUCCUCCUAAUGAUGCUGGUUGGAAAGGCGGCCGUGUACUCGACGUCGGAACGGGAACCGGCAUUUGGUGUAUUGACUUUGGGGAUGAACACCCUGAAGCUGACGUCCUCGGUUUUGACCUCUCAGCGACCCAGCCGGAGUUUGUCCCGCCAAACGUCCAAUUUGAGAUUGACGACUUGGAUAACGAAUGGAUCUAUUCCAGACCCUUCGACUACAUCCAUAUCCGCGGCAUGUCUGGCAGUGUUCGCAACUGGCCCGAACUACUCAAGAAAUGCUACGACAACCUCAAACCGGGAGGCUUCAUCGAGCUCCAAGAAGCAGAAUUCAACAUUCUUAGCGCCGACGGCACCGCCGAGCGCGGCGCAUUCUACAAGUGCCUCGCCUACGUCGCCUCCGCCCUCGAAGUUUUCGGCUGCCCUUUCAUUCCCCUCGACAAACUCACGUCUCUCCUCCCGGAAGCCGGCUUCGUCGAGGUCUCCGACCGCCGCUUCGUCUGGCCUCUCAACAGCUGGCCGCGUGACCCGCACCUCAAGGAACUCGGCUCUUGGACGCGCGAGAAUCUGGCAUGUAACACGGCUGGCAUGAUCAUGGCGCCAAUGACCCGUGUUCAUGGGUGGAGGCAGGAGGAGGUACAGGUUUUCGCGGCUGAGGUGAGGAAGGAUCUUGCAGAUCGUGGAAACCACGGGUAUUGGCCCAUCCGGGCAAUCUGGGCCAAAAAGCCGUCCGUCUGA